AUGGAUCCGGCAGAUCCUACUUCCAUUCUCUUUUCAAAGAUCAGAACUUUAGAACCAGAUUUCGCCUCCAAAAUCAUUGGCUACUUGCUGUUACAGGACUUGGGAAACAGAGAUUUGAAUCGUUUGGCUCAUGGACCUGAGACUCUCCUACAGUCCGUCUGCCUCAAGGCUAAAUCCGCUUUAGGUCUCUCCUCCAAUGGAUCUUCUUCUCCGUUGAACCCUAUCUCCAGACCCAUUAACAUCCACCGUCACUCCCUGUCUCAGUCGUCUCCGAGAACGUCGGGAAAUGGGUUCAUGGAGUUCUCGAGGAACCCUCUGUCUCCUUCUGUGAACACUCCUGGCUCACUCGGAAGUAAGAUUUCGAGUCCGUUUCAAGCAAGUUCGUCGCUUUUCGCUUCAGACGGUGGUGGUGGUGAAGCUAGUGGAGGAAACGGCGAUUUACUCGAUGAGCAGCAACUCGGCAACUACUUGUCGUUCCUUAACGAGUCGUCUGCGAAGAACAACGACGAAUCCGCGGAUCUGUUCGGGUUCUCGGCGGAGAAUGACGACGCGCAUUUGCACAAGAGGAGUUUCUCGGCAAGCGACGCUUGUUUCGGGUCGGAGGAACAUGGAUACGGCGGCGGUUAUAAUCGGUUCCCACACGGCGGCGGCGGUGGUUUGGGUGAUGAUUUCGAUUCUCCUGGUGGUUUUGGCUCGCCGGAUUACAUUUCCAGACAGCAGGAGGAGAUAGCGAGGAUGAAAGUGGCUCACAGGCAGCGAAUGGCCGCUGCUCAGUACUUGGCGGCUACUGGCUCUCCAAUGUCGUAUGAUAAAGGCAUCAAUUUCCUCUUGCAUUCGCGUAAUGCUCUCAGGUCAGGAGCAGGACAAUUUGGGGAAGAGGGUUAUUGGUUUGGUAGUCCAGGACGGCAUGAAAGGGAAGAGCUUUUGGGGAUGGGAGAUAAAUCUAACUCUGCUUCUAAGCAGAUCUACUUGACGUUUCCAGCUGAUAGCUCCUUCACAGAUGAAGAUGUCUCCAACUACUUUGGCAAUUUUGGACCGGUGCAAGAUGUUAGGAUUCCAUACCAGCAGAAACGGAUGUUUGGGUUUGUCACAUUCGUCCACUCUGAAACUGUGAGAAUCAUAUUGGCCAGAGGAAACCCUCAUUUCAUCUGCGACUCACGUGUGCUUGUGAAACCGUACAAGGAGAAAGGAAGAAUCCUUGAAAAGAGGCAGCAGCAACAAUUCAUGCAGCAAGUAGAGAGAGGGAACUUUUCUCCUGGCUCAAGUCCGUCUGGAAUGGACGCCAGAGAUCUCUUUGAUUGUCACAUCGCACCGAGGAUGUUCUCUAACACACAGGAGAUGAUGAGGAGAAAAGCUGAGCAAGCUGACUUGCAACAAGCUAUUGAAUUCCAAAGGAGGAGAUUUCUCAAUCUGCAGUUGCCUGACAUGGAUAGUGAGUCGUUUCACCAACACCAGCGUAGCCUUUCUAUUGGAUCCCCUGUUCAUUUUCCCUCUCGUGUCAAUCAAAGCAUGCUCUUCCGAUCAGAUAACGCUGCUGAAGAAGGCAUUGAAGGUAAUGGUGAUUCAGGACAUUUCCAGUCUGAAGCAACCCGAGCUUUUCUGAGUGAUACUGAUCAUAACUAUCUUAACAAAGGGCAAGAGACAAGUCUGGAGAACGCUCUGCCUGAUAGCUUCUUUGCUUCUCCAUCAAAGGCCCGUGAAAGCCAACAGCCCGAGUCUGAAAAAGAGAACUGUGCUACACUCUCUGUUACUGUGGAAGCCUCGACACUUCAAUCAGCCUAG